UAACGAGCAUAACACUUUUGCGAUUGGUCUUUCUACCACCAUACCGAGGUCCUCCUCUCUUCUUCUUUUCAUGGCAUUUUCGUAGAGGCAAUUGUUUUGGUCUUGUUUCCCAAAAGAGGAAGAAGAAGGAAGAAGGACGCCUUGCCUGCGAAGAACAUUCGAAAUGGUAAGUGGCAUCAAAAUAAAGGAAAACCGGAAAACCAUAGUACUCAUUUCUACGAAGGCCUACGGUCCUAACAUUAAGAAUGUAAAGAUACUGUAACAUUAUUUGGAAUGCGCUGUAAAACGCCGCGUAGUAAGGUUUUGAAUACCAGCUACAGUAGACAGCAGCCCUUUCGAAAUAAGAGGACUACGGUACGCUAUGAAGCGGAGAUUAGGUGGAGGGAAUCUGCAAUAUAAUGCCAUCUUCCUCGUCACGAGACGUCGAAAGAAGAUUUUUGUUGGCUGUCAAUGAUGUGUGUUUCUUCUUCCUUGGAGGAUCGGCUUGGAUAUUGGUCAACGGGAUCUACGUCCAAAUUCCGUUCAUAAUUUUGUUCUUUGACGGGGACUACGGAGUCGUUUCAAAAAUCACAUUGUGCGUCACGCUUUCGGCUCUGCUGCCUAUUUUUGGGUCCGUUUCAUCCUUCGGAUCCUUAACAAGUGCAAACCAUGUGUGUUCGAAAUUGAAUGUUUGUAACAUAAACGCAAUAUGCGCUUCUAUGGGUGGCACCGAAAGCACCAGUGGUAUUGAUGAACACGAACGUUCUAUUCAUACCGGGAUCACGCUGGUCCUGUCGCUGGGAUUUGUGACGAGUUUGGUAUUAACAAUAUGGACCGAACAGAUACUCUCCCGAUUGGCUCCGAUGUUGGUCGCGAGCUUUGCCGCUGGAAUCGUAGGAACAACAUCUUCGAUCUUGUAUUAUCCGCAUGCUGCUAGUGCUGUUUCAUCCAAAACAAAUACCGCAAAAAGGCAGACGACCGCGAUGUUGUUCGGAACAGCUGUUUCAAACCUCUUCGUUGCUCUGGUGGCAAUUUUACAGCAACAAGAACAGCGUCAACAGAUAUCGGAACGAGCACAAGCAACCGCUUCAAUGCGAUCCUACUUUAGAUUAAUCUUGGUUUUGAUGUGGUUUGCUAUCGUUGGAUUCCUGGGAACGCUCGUGAUCCGUCGGUUUGGCGACACCACGCCAAAAAUUCUCGAAAGUGAAAACAACAACAAAACACAAUCAGCCCUCGAAUCGUUGCCCCUUCUGGAAGAAAACUAUCUGCAGCCGGGCAAUACCGAAACGAUUCUACAUCGGAGGUCUUUUCAAAAGGCAGCUGAUGUUUCCUUGUCAUUCUGGGAAGUAUCGUCUCUGAAUUCUACACUGAACACUGCCCAGUGCGCCUUGAAUUUUCUGGUCUUUUUUCUUCCCGGAAUUGUUCCCUAUUCGGUUCGGGAUUCGAGCAAGGACGAGAACUACAACACCACUUCUUUGCGUUACCUCGUCGUGUCGCAACUCGUAGCACAAACUCUGGGAGUGCUGGCAUCUUCGGGCGCUGGAGGCAGCAGCGGUGCUCGAGCAUCAUUCUGCUAUCGGAGACCCGACAGCGACAACAACCACAGUGCAGCUCCGUACCAGCUGGGAUUCAUUUUCUUUUUCUUGUGGAUUCCUUUGGUCUUYCUAUCUUUUGAAAACGAUCUUGMGUGUGGAGCUGGAAUACCGAUCGUUCUGAAUGCUUUGUUAAAUGGCGCCUAUGGAUAUUGCAACACUGCUUGGUUUCACCUGUUGAACGAUAACCAUUGUGGCUCCCAAAAUGGCGAUACUAGUAAUGGAACACCGACAUCCGCAGUUCGCGUCAUGGGCACUUGGCACCAGAUAGGAGCCACGAUGGGAAGUGCCAUCGCUUUYGAAUUGGUUGAACRCSKGGUUUUUGGWUAAAAACCAUUUGUCGCGCAAUCCGUGAAACGAACCGGCUCACAAUCAUCUAGGAGCAAGCAGUGGCUAACUCGCGACGACUGCAAGGUAGAAGAUGAAUUAYUUUUUUCACGAGUCUCGUUGUUCACAUUUUAAUAGGUUAUAAAUCAAUAUAUUUAUC